AGUAGUUAAAGAUGGCGGAAGCUCCUCCAUGGCCCAGCCGGUUCUUCUGUCACAGAUGCUCCGCAGAGAUCAGUCCUCGGCUCCCCGAGUACACAUGUCCAAGAUGUGAGUCAGGGUUUAUUGAGGAACUGCUGGAGGAAAGAAGUGCUGACAAUGGCUCCAUGUCUACCAUCUCCAGCGGGCCCCAGCACCAGCAACCAUUUGAGAAUACGGACCAGCACUUGUUUACAUUCCCGUCUGGCUACGGUCAGUUCACCCUGGGUGUCUUUGAUGACCGCUUCGACUUCGGGGCCGGACUGGGAACAGAGGAUAACAGGGAUGCUGAAAACAGGCGAGAAAGGGAAACGGCAUCACGGCAACGAUAUGGUGCCAGGCAACCAAGAAGUCGUCAUGGUUCAAGACGACAAGCAGGGAGGCACGAGGGAGUUCCCACUUUAGAGGGAAUCAUUCAGCAGCUAGUGAAUGGAAUAAUUGCACCCACUGCAAUGCCAAAUAUUGGUGUUGGACCCUGGGGUGUUCUUCACUCAAAUCCUAUGGAUUAUGCCUGGGGUGCUAAUGGACUAGAUGCAAUUAUAACUCAGUUAUUAAACCAGUUUGAGAACACGGGACCUCCGCCAGCAGAUAGGGAUAAAAUAAAAACUCUUCCCACUGUUCACAUUACAGAUGAGCACGUUGCUUCAGGACUGGAAUGUCCAGUGUGUAAAGAAGAUUACAGUGUUGGAGAAAAUGUGAGGCAGCUCCCGUGCAAUCACAUGUUCCACAACGAUUGCAUAGUCCCCUGGCUGGAGCAGCAUGACACGUGUCCAGUGUGCAGGAAAAGCUUAAGUGGACAGAACACGGCGACGAACCCUCCAGAACUAUCAGGGAUGAACUUUACCUCCUCUUCCUCCUCUUCGUCCUCUUCAUCCUCCUCUACCCCUCAGUCCUCAAGUUCGACCAGCAAUGAGAACUCCACUGAUAACUCAUAGAGAACCAUUUGUCCUUAUCACCCCACGAGCUGUUUAUAGCUCCUAGGCUGCUGUACUUCAGAGCGGUGACCUCCAGUCUCUCCCCGCUUCGGGGCAGAGACCCGAGUGCAUCUCGCCAGGAGCACUCAAGCCAGAUUCAGGGGAAAGUGAUACGUGAGGUUCAUGUAUUUCUGCCCGUCCUGUUGCUCCAACCUUCGUCAGGCAUCCGAACAAAGGAAAGGCGGAGGCCUGGAGUGCAGCUUCUGUCAGGGAGGACGUGGAGAAGCAUGGAAACUUCAAGAGGCUCAAUCUGCCUGAAUCACCUCAUACAGGAAGAGAAAACAAAGGAAUCCAAAGGUAGAAGACUCGGGACAAGAAGACAGUCGCUGUUCUUUUUUUGUUUUUUAAUCUCCAGACUUGUAUGAUUUAAAACGACCUCCUUUUGCCUAUGAAGCAAAAAGAAAUGUACAGUUAUUCAUUUUUUAUAAGUAGCAUUCAUAUCUCACAUUUAAAACGACCCAAAGUGCACCGUAGUGCACUGUGAAAGUGUGCACUUAAGUCUGCUCGUGGUUUAGAACGAUACAGUCGAUUCCUUUUGCUCUCAAAACAAAAUUCAUAUAGCUUAUGAAAUGAUUUUAUCGUCAAGAUCCACCUAACAGAUUACCUGACACCACACAGGUACUGUUGUUUGCACUUAAAAUGAUGCGUCAAAUUGCAGUAAUCUCGUGCUGUUUGGAUAAUGAUGUGGAUAAUCAUUACUAAAUUACACACUUAAGGAUUUUUGCUAAGUUAUCUUAAAGCUGAAAAACACUUAGAAACAUUUCAGUGCAUUUUAACUUAAAGGUAAAUUAAAUAUUUUCUAAAGUUGGCAGUUGAAAAAAAAAAUUUAUUUGCAGUAUGAUUGUGUCAAAAAAAAAAGAACUGAUAUGAAAAUAAAACUGUUUGGGUGCUACCACUCAAAAUUCAUGUAAAGCAUUCUCGGUGUGUGUAUACAUUGUUCUUUAAAGGUCUAAUCAUGAGCAACAGUAGUCAUGAAACGGACUUUAACUUCAAACAAAAUGUGUUUUAAUUGUAUGUGAACAACCACAAUGUGUGGUGCUGUGGUUCGACACUAGAUGGGAGCGCAGUAAAACAGGCUAGACGUUGGUGCAGCAAAUAAGCUAUAAUUGAAUAAAAAAACAGUCACUUGUUUGUCCUAAUAUCAAAUAAAGAAAAAAAUACUAUGGUAAACAUUCUGUGGCAAAUGGGCACGUUAUGAGCUGUGCUGGUUUGUGUUUCCCAGCUUCAAAUAUUUGUCCCUUUUAAUGACAUCUCGCCGGCUCUUAGAAUAACCGGGCAUCAGCCAGGGAACAAAAACAUCAUUAGUGAGCACGGCUGGAAGUGAUCUCAAUGCAUAACGCAGUUUAUGAGAUCGGGCAGCUCCAAAGGCACGUAGAUAGUAAACAGUCUCUGUUAAAUCUUUCAAUUCUUGGGUGCUUGCUUGUUUAGGUACUAUCAAUAAGCCAAUAAAUACUGCUUCCUUUCA